AUACGCAUGCGGCGAGUUUGUUUCGGCGCUCGCAAGCUACCUCCAAGGGCGCCAGCUGGCAGACGUCCAAGCCUCGCCAUGGUACGGGCUCUCAUUCGAUGAGAGCACGGACCGCGCGCACGGCAAGCACAUGAUCAUGUAUGUGCACUUCGAGCGCAACGAGCAGACGGAGGUGCAGUUUUUUGGCAACAUACCAGUCGACAAAGCCGAUGGCGCCUCGUUGUACGCUUCCAUCACGGCGCAUCUUGACAGCAAAGGCUUGUCCUUGGACAAGCUUGCGGGUGUGUCCACUGACGGUGCCAAGGUUAUGGUGGGAAUGAAGAAGGGGGUUGUGGGUCGUUUAAUGCAGCGCUGCCCGUGGCUCGUUGCUGUGCACUGCGUGGCACACCGGGAGGCGUUGGCAGUAAAGGAUGCUGCCAAGAAGUUCCCUGACUUCAAUGUCAUUGACUCACAGAUUCGCAAGACUGCUGAGCACAUCGGCCGCUCCAGCAUCUCCAGAGAUGCCUUCAUGCAGCUGCAGGACGUGGUCAUGAAAACCCAACUGGAAGUUCAGGGCAUUUUCGACGUGCGCUGGCUUUCACGCGGGGAUGCAGUGUCGCGGUUUUGCGAAGUGCUGCCAAUCCUCCUCUGGCUUUGGCACGAAGAGGACCAAGCCGCGUACAAGAUCGGCACAAGUUUCAAGUUUCAGUUCAUGCUCUUCUUCCUCGCCGACGUGCUGGAGAUGCUCAACACCCUCAACAUGGCGUUUCAGAGGCUGGUGGUGGACAUCGGCGAGGUGAAGCUCCUCGUCGAUAAACUGAAGCUGAAGCUGGCGCAACGUUACGUGGAGAACCGCGCAGACUAUGGGACCUCGAAGAGCAAGCACCUGCAUGCUUUUCUCGAGAAGCACGGCAGCCCUGACAAGCGCGAGAUCACCAUCCGCGGCCUCGACAAGCAAGGGACCGCAUGCACCAUCAAAGACAUACUGCAUGAAAACCCCAUCGGCAAAGACAAGAAGACGGACCUGGAUUCGUGCAUCAAGCUGGGGCAGGAGUUUGCGCAGGAGUUGAUCGCUAAGCUGGACUCCCGCCUUGGGGACCUGAAGCAUUUUGACGGGGCAAAACAAUUCAUGCCAAUGCACUACCCGCCGCGCCCUGCUGACCGUGAAGGAUGGCUCAACGUCCACCUCUACGAACUCCUUGACAUGUUCAAGGAGAAGCUGCCCGGUGUCACGUACCAGGAGUGUCAGCUGGAGAUGGAGCUCUUUGCUGCCACAAUGUUCAAAAAGUUCAAGGACCUGACUUUCCAGCAAGCCCUCACCAACGUGCUACGCACCUCAGACUGGAGGGAUGAUUACCCCACCCUCGUGCAUUUGUGGCGCGCACUUGCUGUCCUGCCCCUUAGCACUGUUGAGUGCGAAAGGGGCUUCAGUAGACAGAACAUCAUAAAAUGA